AAACAGACACAGAGAGAGAGAGAGAGCGACUGGACACGACACAUUAACAUCAUCACAUUAACCAGGUAGGAAAAAGAUCACUCUGAUUACAAUUUAAGCUCACAGCUAUUGAUACUGACAGUUCAUGAGUUAUAUUUUAUUUUACACAAAUACAUACGAAAAAAUAAUUUGUUUCAAAUUGAUGAUAAAAUGAUAUGUUUCAUCUGCAGUAGUCCAGAGCUUAAACAGAUCUGAUCUGAAAUCUGUCAGCCUGGAAUUUACAAAAAUGUCAGGAUGUCAAUAUUUGUUGCGAGCUUCUAUAAUUUGGCUUACAAACAUAUAGUGCAAAGUAAUUAAAUUGAAAUGGGACUAAUAAAAAAGAGAGAAAAUAUGUAUGCUAGAAGCAAAUGAAUAAUAUGGUCUGAUGUAGAGACAGAUUUUUGUGUCAGUUUGUAUAUUACUUGGUAAAAUGUGCUUCUACUUUGAAAACUUUCCCUCUAAGGUUAUAACUUUAUGACUUAAAUAAAGUUGUUUGGUCCUGUCACUAUUGAUCAACUGGAAUGUGUCUGAAUAUACCGAUCUGAAUUCAGAAAGUUGAUCUUACUGUCGAGGUUUUGCAGUGUAAUAAGAGUCAGUCGUCACAAUCUUUACUUUACAAUUCCAGUUACAAAAAAGUUGGAAUUCAGUGUUUUUUGUUGAUUAAAACAGAUUUUUGAUAGUUUCCAAUUCCUCUGUUUAGUUGAAAUAGAGAAAAGACAACAAAUCAGAUCCUGAUACUUAAAAAUCUUGUUCAAUAAAAAAAAAUUUGCUGAUUUUGAAUCCGACACAGGCGACACAUUCCAAAAGUAUUUGAACAGUGAUAACAGAAAAACAUUAAUGCUGCGUUCAAGUUUCCUUGGAAGUCAGAUGUCGGAGCUGAAAAUGACAUCACACCUGAGUUAGCAGUGUUUCAGUAACCAAAAUUGAAGGCUGAAACAAGAUGGCUACAUCUACGAAAAUUAUUCUAGUGCUUACCUUGUCCUUGCUUAUGUUCGGAUGAGGAAAGCGCUAAAAUAACUUUCAUAGAUGAAGCCAUGUUGUUUCCGCCUCUGAUUAAAUUUUUUUCUGACUUGGUGACUGAAACACUGGUAACAUCAUUUUCAUCUCCGACAACCUGACUUCCAAGGUAACUUGAAAGCAGCAUACUUUGGUUUGAAAUUUUAACUUCAGCCUUCAUACUUAAGGCGUGUGAGGAGUCUCUAACUGCCUAAAACUGAUGCUGCUGUUUCUUUAUCACUCUCAAGAGUAAACCAGACGAUCAACUUUGCUGCAGAAAGAUUUGCAGUUGUGAGUUUCCAUCCCUGUAACUGCUGUGAGAAAGUCGGUGUCAGACCAAUUGAUCGACAGCAGGCUGAAGAAAACAGCUUUUUCCAUUUUCUCUAUAAUAAAUGAUCUCAUUAAGGGAUGCAUUUCACUGUUAGAAGACAAUAGUAUGGGGACCAUGUCUCAAAAGACUACUUUCACAUGUGUAGGAAUAAAGAUAAGAGUUAUCACUUUUCACACAGAGGGAUACAAAUACUGAUACAAAUCAAAUAACUUACACAUCAGCUUUGAAUCCUAAAUAUUCAAAAAUGUACAAUGAAUUUCAACCUUUCUUCUGUACAUUUGGUCUUAAAUCCAAUAAAUCAAGAAUGGUGUAUUCAAACUUAAAUCUUACAUAAGCAAACUUUUAAUUUGUGGAUAUAGAAAUUCAAUCAAUAAACUGACCUUUAAUUCCAGGUAACCUUACCUUAAAUCUUUACAUGUAGACUUUAACUCUGAUUUGAUGAAUUAUUUUUUCAUUUGCAUAUUUGAAUGUUUUUAAUGAGUACUCAUCAUGUAUUCAAAAUUUCAUACUGAUAUUUCAGACUUAUUACCCAUGAUUUUUUUUUUUAAUUCAAACUUUCAUUGAAAUUUUAGUUUGCAUGAUCAAACUCUGAUUUUGAAAAUAUUUUUUUGGACGACAUUGGAGAUUUAAUUCUUCAUAUUUUAAUUUAAAUUCAUAUGAUCUAAUAUGACUGGAGGAUUACAGUGACUCUCUUUAAGGAGGGUUUUUAAAUACUGGCCUGAUUAUCUCCACUGGUAGAGUAUUUGAGUAUUUGAGCGAUCCUGUGAAAAGUGUGGUAGCUUGACUCCUGAUUUAUCACCUCACCGCAGGCCGUCAUCAUGGGGGAGUGGUCCUUUCUGUCUGCCCUCCUGGACAAGGUGCAGUCUCACUCCACAGUGGUGGGGAAAGUAUGGAUGAGUGUCCUCUUCCUCUUUCGGAUCUUCAUCCUGGCCGCUGGCAUUGACACAAUCUGGGGUGACGAGCAGUCAAACAUGGACUGUAACACCCUAAGCCCUGGCUGCAGGAACGCUUGCUACGACCGCUCAUUCCCUAUGUCACAUACUCGCUUCUGGGUCCUCCAGAUUCUCACUGUGUCCACACCCACACUUAUCUACUUGGGCCACGUGCUGCUGGUAAUCCGCAAAGAGAACAAGAUGAGGAGACGCCAGGAGCAGAAACUCAGUAAGAAUGGAAUGCUGAAAGCUCCAAAGUAUUCAGAUGAGUUCGGCAAAGUGCAGCUGAAAGGCGUCCUGCUGUUCAGCUACAUGAUGCAGCUGCUGCUAAAGAUCAUCCUCGAGGCUGCCUUCCUUGUAGGCCAGUACUUCCUGUAUGGCUUCAUCCUCAUGCCUGCUAAGAUUUCAUUUUCAGACUACCCAUGCCCCUCUGUAGUUCACUGUUUUAUAAGCCGGCCCACAGAGAAGAGCAUCUUCAUCAUCUUUAUGAUGGCAAUGGCGGUUCUCUCAGUGAUCCUCAACAUUGUGGAAAUGUUACACCUCUUCUGCUCAAAGCUGAGGGAGAAGAAGCGCAAGAACUCGAUUCCCCAUGAGACGUAUCCUCUAGACAAACUGAACUACAACGCCGGAGAGAAAGCCACACUCUGUUAACGGACUCUGAGCAGAGUCUUAAAUCUCUUGACUAGUCUUUGAGGUUCUUGGAUCAAAAGUGGAGGAAUCUUCUCCUCCUGUGAGCUGCAUGGGUUUGAAUGGUGUUAUAUGUUUUUAUAAAUGUUGGUUGAACUCAGCUUGUAAACACGCAUCCUUUCAGGGUAGUCACAAAUCCAAACACUUGUGUCUGGGUUCAAAAAAUGACCCAGAGGUGCAGCUAUUUAGUUCCACCAAAUCUUCAGAGACAAGUUGUGUCCAGGCAAAUAAAAAAAGAGAAGAAGAAAACUUUCCUCAAUGAUUUGCAGCCUAAACCUUUUUUUUAAUCUAUUUUGGAUUUGUUUAAAUAUACCAAGUAUGUUUUUUAUUUUGUCAUUUGCAGAGGAUUGCUUCAUCAAACACUGUUGUGUCCCUCAGUUCAGUCACCAACAUUUUAAUGAUGCAGUAUCAAGCUAUUAAAAGUUUAGGACCCUAUCAAUAAAGAUCAGGUCUUGAUCAUGAAGUGAAGUGAAGUAUCAUGAUGUAUUCUCUUUUGAUAGAAAAAAAUCCUCUAUCAACUCAUUGAUUGAAUGAGCACGCACACUGACAUUUUGGGGACUGAAGGAGCUCUGUGUAUAUGUGAGCUUCUAUAGGUUUCCCCAUUCAGGAUGAGUCAUGGUUGAUAAAAACUUUACAAAACUGAGUACUGUAGUUGGAUGUAAAUUCUUAAAUAAAAUGUUGUGCUGCAUGA